AUGUUGGCGGUAGUGCAGCCAUAUUCACCUUCGCCUGAUGUCGCCCAUCGCGCCAGAUCCAACAUUUCCGCUUCUUCUCGAUCUGCCCCCUCCAAUCUGGCUCCCAAUCCACCUCCGUCCCUGCAGCGCCACCAGACUGCGCCCCCGGCAGUCUCUGCGCCCGCACACUCCCACUCACACACGCAUCACCACCACCACCCGCCGCGCGCACCGACUCCCACCCCGCCGCCGCCUGCGCCCCCCAAUGACACCGACGCCGACACCGACGCAGCACCCUUCGACAUCCACUCCUACCCGCCCGCAGACCUCUUAAAACUCCUCGCUCUCCUCCUCACCCACAUCGCCACCACCAACGACCGCCUCGAGCCCUCCUCCUCCUCCUCUGCCACCCACGGGCCAAUGCCACCCCUAGACCCCUCCUCCGCGCCUCCAAUCUGGCACACCCUCACCACAGCCUCGAAGAACGCCAUAUCAACUCCCGCAUCCACACUCACCUUCCACGCGCGCAACAUCCCCACCAUCUCCCUCGAAGCCUACCUCCUCCGCAUCCUCAAAUACUGCCCGACGACGAACCACGUCUUCCUCUCCUUGUUGGUGUACUUUGAUCGUAUGUCCAAGUUGGGCGAUGAUGCGGUGGGCAAGGCGUUUGUGAUUGACUCGUAUAAUAUCCAUCGGCUGGUUAUUGCUGGUGUCACUGUCGCGAGCAAGUUUUUUAGUGAUGUGUUUUAUACCAAUUCGAGAUAUGCAAAGGUCGGCGGCCUCCCCCUCCCAGAACUCAACCAGCUCGAGCUACAGUUUUUGCUUCUUAAUGAUUUUAGACUGGUCAUUUCGGGCGCGGAGAUGCAGCAGUAUGCGGAGCAGCUGAUGUUGUUUUCCAAGUCUGCCUCGUCGUCUUCUUCUUCUUCGUUGUCGGGGGCGGAGGUGAGGGCGGGGGCGGCGGAGGUGAGAGGGGCGGGGGCGGUGGGGUUGGGUGGUGUUAAUGGACAUGGGCAUGGAUCUGGGCAUGGACAUGGUCAUGGACAUGCGAAUGCGAACACGAACGACGUUACAUCGCCGUCCGCUGCGUCCUCCUCCGGCUCCGGCUCCGGCUCUGGAGAGUCGAGUCAGACGGUUGUACUUGUGAAUGACGCACCGACGCCGCAUCAGCCAUAUGUGGUCGUUACCUCUCCCUCUGCCUCGUCUUCCGCCUCCCAUACUGGAUCGCAUUCGCAGUCGCAUUCCUCUGCAUCUCAUUCAUCCCAUUCGCAUUCGCAUUCCUCCCAUACAUCUGCAUCCUCUUCCUCUUCGUCCCAUUCCUCUUCUUCUGCAUCAGGUUCAGGUUCAACAUCCACUUCAAACCCACACUCAAACUCGCACCCACACUCGCACCCACACACACAAACCCCCGCGCGCCCAAUCGACGCUCUUGGAGGUUUACCCCCACCUCCGAAUCCGGGUAUGAAUGCGAUGGGUCACCCGCGCGGUGUGCCGCAUACGCAUCCGCCGCAUUCGAGGGGGCAUGUGCAUGUUGGGUAUGGGGGGUAUGGAGGGUAUUCUAGUUAUGGAGGGUAUGAGGGGUAUGAGGGUCGUCAGGGUGGGUAUGGGGGUGGGCAGGGACAGGGACAACAAGGAGGGCAGGGACAGGGGCAGGGACAGGGACAGGGGACACCGGUGUUUGGUGCGCAUGCGCAGGUGCAUGGGCAUGGGCAGAGUCAGCAGCAGCAGAGAAUGUACGCGGGGCCUGGGACGUAUCAUCGCUAUACGCCCCAUCAGGACGAGGAUAGUGUGAUGUUUUCGCCUGGGCGGUCGCAUUCACAUUCACAAGAAAACUCAUACGAGCAAGAACAAGAAAACGAGCAUGAAAACGAAAACGAAAAUGAAAACGAGCAUGAAGUAGAAGCGGAAGUGGAGGACGACGACAUUGAAAACGACCUCGAAAACGACCUCGAAAACGAAACAGAAACAAGCACGGAUGCAGGGACAGAUGUCACAGAGACGGAGACAGAGACAGAGACGGACACGAGCACGAGUACGGAUGAGGAGCCGACUGUGCGUGCGCAUGGGAGUGUUGCUGGGAGUGUGGCGGGGAGUGUGUAUGGGGGGGAUGUUUAG